ACUUAGUAAAUGGAUUAACUAGUAAAACGAAAAAUGCAGUUUCUCGAUGAUACUAGUCACAUUUCAAGUGUUCAUUUACACAGUGUGCCUGGUGGCUACCUCAAUGGACAGUUUUAGCAAUGCUGGGAGGGUCUCUCCAAUAGCUCCUUGCCUUUUGUGACACCUGUGGGAAGCAGGGCCAGGGGAACUUAGCUUUGCUAGUUAAACCAGCCUCACUUUUUUGUGCUAGAAGUUUGUGGGGAAAGAGAGUGAAACGAGGUGAUUCAGCACAGUCUCCCUAUUUUCCCAAUGGUGAGACUGAAGCUCAGAAGGGCCAGUUUAGCUCCAGCCACCUGUGGUAGAGCCACAGCAAGAACUGCUGCUGUGGAUGACCAGGCCCCUUUCACCCUCCCCAGGAACUCCAUUCUGUGUUCUUCCCAUGGGUGUCAGCAGAUGUGCCAUGGAAACACCAGCAGUAGCUUGGGUGAGAUGAAGGACGAGCUCCUCCUUCACUUGGCUGGGCUUCUCAACACUCUAUUGCCCAAGGUUGGUUGUCCUUGCAGAGAUAUGGGACAUCUGGAGGCAGCCUCUGACUUUGGGAAACCAAAAGAGCACUGACUUGUACUGCUCCCUAGAAAGCUCCUCCAGAGAAGCCUUUCCUGUAGCUGACUUGCUAUUUGUGUAUAUUCCAGGCAGAAGCUGCCUUCCUGGGUUUGGAGCUGUGGCCAGAGGGGGCAAUUUGCAUGUGGGAACCCAGCAGCUGCCAGAACUGCAGUGGCCCCAGCAAUGUUUUCGGCCUUAUAGCUGCCAGUUAUCUGACCUGGGCCCCAGUGCCUUACUCUCAUGCAGCAUCACAGGUUGCCAGGUAGAAAUGGAUAAAUAAAUCUAGAACUCUGGAAUAGGAUUAAGCAAGCCUGGAGUUUCUCAUUUAGAACUCACCAGAACUCCCUAAGGGAUAAUGACUCUUCUUGCUUUUCACCUAAGUUGAUAAGCACCCUGUGCACUUUAAUCUCCUGUCAGUACCAUCGGGCCAACUGAAGACAAGGUUUUGAAAUCUCAGCUGUAAAAGACAUCCAGCCAAACUCUCAGUCUUGCCUUAACAAUGUUCCAGAGGCUGAAUAAAAUGUUUGUGGGUGAAGUCAGUUCUUCCUCCAACCAAGAACCAGAAUUCAGUGAGAAAGAAGAUGAUGAAUGGAUUCUUGUUGACUUCAUAGAUACUUGCACUGGCUUCUCAGCAGAAGAAGAAGAAGAAGAGGAGGAGGACAUCAGUGAAGAGUCACCUACUGAGCACCCUUCAGUCUUUUCCUGUUUACCGGCAUCUCUUGAGUGCUUGGCUGAUACAAGUGAUUCCUGCUUCCUCCAGUUUGAGUCAUGUCCAAUGGAGGAGAGCUGGUUUAUCACCCCACCCCCGUGUUUUACUGCAGGUGGAUUAACCACUAUCAAGGUGGAAACGAGUCCUAUGGAAAACCUUCUCAUUGAACAUCCCAGCAUGUCUGUCUAUGCUGUGCAUAACUCCUGCCCUGGUCUCAGUGAGGCCACCUGUGGGACUGAUGAAUUACAUAAUCCAAGUAGUCCCAGAGUGGAAGCUCAAAAUGAAAUGGGGCAGCACAUUCAUUGUUAUGUUGCAGCUCUUGCUGCUCAUACAACUUUUCUGGAACAACCCAAGAGCUUUCGUCCUUCCCAGUGGAUAAAAGAACAUAGUGAAAGACAGUCUCUUAACAGAAAUAGCCUUCGUCGCCAAAAUCUUACCAGGGAUUGCCACUCUCGGCAAGUCAAGCACAAUGGCUGGGUUGUUCAUCAGCCCUGUCCGCGUCAGUACAAUUACUAAGAAUUUUAAGUUUUAUUGGUUGGUUUCUCUUGGUUUGUGCAUAUGUGUAUGGAUGUGUGUAUAUGUACAAUGAAAGUGUUGUCUCUUUACAACCAAUUGAUAACCAAUCACAGUUUUAUCAGUGUAUUUAGACACUAUCUUGAAAACCAGAUUUAUAUGCUGUGUAUCACAUAAUGCCUUGCCUUUAACAUUUACUUUUUUGUACACUUUUUCAGAUUAUUUCUGGAAACAUAUCAAUAUAAUUACAGUGUUUGGUGUUUGGGGGUGUCUUUAAAUCUAUUAGGGUGUACAUUAGUCAGCAUUUUAAAGACAUUUCUUCCCAAGUACGAGAAUAGGCAUCUUUCAUUUUCAUUUUAUUUUGUAUUAAUCUUUUGAGCAAGCAAAAAUUUAUUCUCAGGGUCAGCUAUACACUUUAUUGACCAGUACUUGAUAAUCUCUCUGUAUAUGAUGAAUACAUUUUUACACACUAAUAUGAGCAUUAACAGGUGAUAGUUGCCAUGGAUAUAAUGGAAUUAUGGCUGGACUUUCUUUUGAAAGAAAACAAUGUAUUCUGUGCGUAUGGUUUUUCCCCAGAUUAGUCAUGCAGUUCAUCUGGAAUUCAGGUACAUUAAGCUUUAGUGAAGAGUGCAUUCAGUGAUUCCAAUGUGACUGCAUGACGUGGUACAGACAUUACAGGUGUUGUAGACAGAGGCACUUGUCCCGUGCAGAGGGAUUAAAUUAGACCUGUGAAAUUUUAUUUGGAAAAAUUCAUGUCUGUAACUAACCCAUUAGUGCAGUAUUUAAUUUGUUACGAUUCCUUCCUGCCAGUUCUGCCCACUCCUCACCUUGCUCUCAACUAUAAAUUCGGAAAUACUUGUCCAGGCACUUGAGUGACUUCGUAUUUCUCUCUGCCCAUGGGAAAAGAGAUAGGCUUUAUAUUUCCAUACAGAGUGAAAAAUCCUCUGUCAUGGAGCCUGUCCUGCCAAGUGGCAAGCAAGGGUGUGGGGGAAUGUCUGCUGAUGUCUUUCAUGGUAUCUGAGUGAAGAGUGACAGGUUGGCUCAACUUUUUUCUUUUUCUUUUUUAAUUGCCUUGUAAGUAUUCUUCCCUGCAGUCCAAAUGACCUUUUUUUUUUUUUUUUUUUAACUUCAGGCAAAAUCUUUAACCACUCUGGCCUCUGUUUCCCCCACCAACAGGGGAGCAGUGACAUUUACCUCCCUCACAGAGUCACUGUGAGGAUUCUAUACUGAUUUGAAGUGGGGCUGUUCAGAACUGAACCUUGUAGGAAAUUCCAAGGGCCUUUCUACUGAAUCUGGUGAUGGGGUGGGGCCGUGGCACUUUCUCUGCCACAGCUGUUCUUCACAGUGUUGGUGCUAAUGAGGCCAGGGUGCAGGGUUCGAUUCACACGUUGGCCAGUUAACUUAGAGAAAAUCUAUUUCCUUACCUCUAGCCAGUCACUUCCUUUUUCCGCAGUUGUGAUGGGUUUUGCUGAGCCAUCCACUCUGACUGAUUUCCUCUGAAGUAAACACAUUCACAAUCCAAAGCAAUUCUACUGACAGAAGUGUUGCCUACAUAAUCAAACAGCUUGUUUUUCCAUCUCCUCUGCAACCCUAAUUAAAUGAGUACAGGUCUGUAAAAUGUUUUCAAGGAGAAAAGCAGCAUAUACUUAUGUGAAGUAUUAUAUUUUUCAAUAACCCUGUAGUGGCUUGAUGCAGGGAACCCUGGGAGACUUUCAGGGAAGAGCUGUGCUCUUCUCUGACUAGACUAGAGCGUUUGGAGUGGAAGAGGUCAAAUGUGUAGUUAGAUGGAGGUUUUACAUUGUUCUUCUACUGGCUGUGAUGAAGUGCCAGAAUGUCUCCUUAGAACAAGAGUCUAGAUCCCCCCUUUCUCCUUAUUGCCCUUUCUGUUUUGACUUCCCCUUUAUUUGUUGUCUAAUUAGGGGCCAAGUCUGUAAAGUUUUGUCAAAGUGAGUUAGAAGUUGUUUUCUUACCAUUUGUGUUUACCAGAGUUGGGAGAUAAGGUAGAGUUUCCAUGAAGGUGUGUAUGUUUUAUACGAUGUUUGUUAUAGGGCCAUGCAUUGGUAACCUGAAAAUAGACCAGCUUAAUGUCUUCAGGAUGUAAACCUCUGAAUACACGGCGUCUCUUUUUCAUACGUUGCAUGUAAGUUGUUAGUACCUCACAAGCUACAGAAGUUCAGCCAUUAGAUUUUGUUUGGCAGCAUGAACAGAUUUGUGUAUUAACUGCAAUGGCCUUUUUUCCAGAUUUCCUUAUUGACUUUUUGUUUGCCUUAUCUGGGGCUAGUUUUUUACGCUUUGUACCUAGAAAACAAAAAAUUACAUUCACUGGGCUUUUUUUCAAGGUUGGGAUUACCACACCACCCGGAAUAUCAUACUGUGGUUUCUGCCUAAAAUUGGCACAUGUAAGUGUUGAAGAAAAUGGUUAUAUAAUUCAGUUGAAACUCUUGGUCAUUAGAUGUUAGACAUCUCCUGUGUGUAAGACACAAGGCCAACCACAACACAAAACGAUGUUGACCUGUUAAGUAUUCUCUGAAACACGGCCAAAAUGCAUUUUAUUAUGAGCUUUUUUUUUUUCUUGCUAUUAUAAAUAUUAGUGGUUUACAAUGUGCUUUAGUCAUAUUUCUUUAAAAUGCAAGCAGUGAGAAAUAAGACCCCUCUGAAUUAGUAGCUCUAAACUGUUAACAUAGAAUGUUACUUGGAAAAAGUCUGGAAUACGUGGUGUACACAGCAGUGCUUCGUGAAUGAGUUUCUUAGCUUUUACAGUGCACCAUGUUUCUCAAAGUUUGUUUUUGUUGAUAAAACAUUUUAUAAUAUAUAUCUUAUGUUUAUUUUUCUUCCUCAACUAAUUGUGUACUGCACUGUAAGUGGAAAAUUAGCCAUCCAUUAUUUAUCUUCUGUGGCAAUGCAUUUAUAUGGUUGAUUGGGUGGGGAAUUUUUUGCAGAAAGAUGCACAGUGAUUGGAUUUUUGACUUCCUAUCGCAGGGACCUUUUAAGAAAUAUUAAUUUCCUGUACAUUUUUCCUAUCCCCAUGCAAACUGUUCCUGUUUACAUACCUUCUCUGUUGUAUCAGUACUUUGAGUGAGAAGACAGUUUAUUUAAAACUUGAGCAGGCUGUUCAGCAUUGUUUCUGCUUCUCAAAUCUGUAUAGUACACUGGUUUGUAAUCAUUAUGUCUUCAUUGAAAUCCUUGCUACUUCUCUUUCUCCUCGAUGAAAUACAUUAUAUAUUAUCUUUAUGUACUCUUAAGAAAAACGAGCAAGGAAGAGUAUCUUCAUUAUUCUCAUUUGCUUUGAGUUGGAAACAAAAAUAUAAAGGACUCCAACUAGAAGAUACUUACAUUUAAAUAGAUUAGUGGGAAAAGUUUAAGAGUUUCCACGUAUUAAUUUUUGUUCUUUGAGUCAAUUAAGAGACUGCUCCUUGUACUGGGAGACACUAGUAUAUGUUUGUUAAUGUUACUUUAAAAUUAUCUUUUUAUUUUAUAAGGCCCAUAAAUACUGGUUAAACUUGUUAAAAGUUGGGCUUCUAUCUUGGAUGGUUUCACUGCCAUCAGCCAUGCUGAUAUUUUAGAAAUGGCAUCUCUACCUACUUAUUUUAAUGCUUAAAAUUAUACAUAAAAUGCUUUAUUUGGAAAACCUACAUGAUACAGUGGUGUCAGCCUUGCCAUAUAUCAAUUUCACUUGAAAUUUGACACCAAUUAAAGUGGUUUAAGGUGGAGAAAGAGGUACUGGAAAGCAUGCAGAUGAGGAUAUCUUUUAUGUCCAACAGUAUCCUUUGCAUGGGAGGAGAGUUACUCUUGAAAGGCAGGCAGCUUAAGUGGACAAUAUUUUGUAUAUCAUUGAGAAUUUUCUUUACGACACUUUUAAAAAUUGUGUAAUUGUUAAAUGUCCAGUUUUGCUCUGUUUUGCCUGAAGUUUUAAUAUUUGUUUUCUAGGUGAACCUCUGAAAACCAAACCAGUACCUGGGGAGGUUAGAUGUGUGUUUCAGGCUUGGAGUGUAUGAGUGGUUUUGCUUGUGUUUUGGUUGUGUUUUCCUCCAGAGAUUUUGAACUUUUAAUAAUUGCAUGUGUUAUUUUUUUUUAAGUGGCUUUUUUUCAAGUAAAAUUGUGAACAUAUUUUCUUUAUAGGGGCAGGACAUGAGUUAUGGAGACUGAAGAGUAUUGUAGACUGUACAUGUGCCUUCUUAAUGUGUUUCUGGACACACUUUUUUUUUUUCGUCAACUUGAAAAUUCAAAAGGGACAUUUGGUUAGGUUACUGUACAUCAAUCUAUGCAUAAAUGGCAGCUUGUUUUCUUGAGCCACUGUCUAAAUUUUUUGUUUUUAUAGAAAUUUUUUAUACUGAUUGGUUCAUAGAUGGUCAGUUUUGUACACAGACUGAACAAUACAGCACUUUGCCAAAAAUGAGUGUAGCAUUGUUUAAACAUUGUGUGUUAACACCUGUUCUUUGUAAUUGGGUUGUGGUGCAUUUUGCACUACCUGGAGUUACAGUUUUCAAUCUGUCAGUAAAUAAAAUGUCCUUUAACUUCGCA